CUGGGGCGGUAUCCCCCUUGGCCAGGAAAGAUUGUUAACCCACCCAAGGACCUGAAGAAACCACGUGGGAAGAAGUGCUUCUUUGUGAAGUUUUUCGGAACUGAAGACCAUGCUUGGAUUAAAGUAGAGCAGCUGAAACCUUACCAUGCCCACAAAGAAGAAAUGAUCAAAAUUAACAAAGGCAAGAGGUUCCAGCAAGCUGUGGAUGCUGUGGAAGAAUUCCUCAAGAAAGGAAAAGGCAAGGACCAGGCGUCUUCCCAUAACUCCGCUGAAGAGAAGAACCGGCGGAAUCCCAGUGAAGAGAAGGGGAAGCAGUCAGUGGGAGAGGAGAAACACAAAGCUGGGUUGUCAGAAAAGAAACCGAAAAAGCGAGCCGCCUCUGUGUCCUCUGAGCGAGGAUCGAAACCCCCCCUGAAGAGAAUGUACAAGCAAAGCCCCCGGAAGCGAGGGCGCCCUCCCAAAGACGAGAAGGACAUGACAAUUCCUGAGUCAAGCACAGUGAAGAAAAUGAUGACUGGCACCAUGGCUGGCUUUAAGUGGCCACAGAGUGUAAGCGAGCCUGUGAAAGAUGGUGACCCUCAUUUCCAUCACUUCCUGCUUAGCCAAACUGAAAAGCCAACAGUUUGCUAUCAGGCCAUCACAAAGAAGCUGAAGGUGUGUGAAGAGGAAACUGGGUCCACUUCUAUCCAGGCAGCAGACAGCACAGCUAUCAAUGGCAGCAUCACUCCUACAGACAAGAAGAUAGGAUUCCUCGGUCUCGGCCUGAUGGGCAGUGGCAUUGUCUCCAACUUAAUAAAAAUGGGUCACACCGUCACGGUCUGGAAUCGGACCGCUGAGAAGUGUGAUUUGUUCAUCCAGGAGGGGGCACGGUUGGGAAGAACCCCCGCUGAAGUAGUCUCAACCUGUGAUAUCACUUUUGCCUGCGUGUCUGAUCCAAAAGCAGCCAAGGAUCUGGUACUUGGUCCCAGUGGAGUACUCCAAGGCAUCCGUCCAGGGAAGUGCUACGUCGACAUGUCCACCGUGGAUGCAGACACUGUUACGGAAUUGGCUCAGGUGAUUGUCUCCAGAGGUGGUCGCUUCCUGGAAGCCCCAGUCUCAGGGAACCAACAGCUAUCCAAUGAUGGGAUGCUGGUGAUAUUAGCGGCUGGAGACAGAGGCUUGUAUGAAGACUGCAGUAGCUGUUUCCAGGCAAUGGGGAAGACUUCUUUCUUCCUAGGAGAAGUAGGGAAUGCUGCCAAGAUGAUGCUGAUCGUAAACAUGGUCCAAGGAAGCUUCAUGGCCACAAUAGCAGAGGGACUGACUUUGGCUCAGGUCACCGGUCAGUCCCAGCAGACACUUCUGGACAUCCUCAAUCAGGGACAGCUUGCCAGCAUCUUUCUGGAUCAGAAGUGCCAAAAUAUCCUGCAAGGAAACUUCAAGCCUGAUUUCUACCUGAAAUACAUCCAGAAGGAUCUCAGAUUAGCCAUUGCACUGGGCGAUUCGGUUAAUCAUCCAACUCCCAUGGCAGCUGCAGCCAAUGAGGUCUACAAACGGGCAAAAGCGUUGGAUCAGUCUGACAACGACAUGUCUGCUGUGUACAGGGCCUACAUCCACUAGGCUAUCCUCUUCUCAUUGUUAAUACUAUGAUUAAUUAUAAUGAAUACUGGGUUUUAACUCUGGACCAGUCCAUCUUUGUCUCUCUCCUCCUCUCCUUUCUCCUUACUCCCACCUACUCCCCCCCUCUUUAUUUCCUUUUUAAUACAAAAAAUCUUUUUUGAGAUCUGCCACAAGGACAGUUGCUACAGUAUGCCUUCCUGUGUCAUCUGCAGCAGCAGUAGAAGAGAUUGGACAACACCCCUUGGGAGUCAUAGAAUGGAAUACCCCCCCCCCCAUAAUGCUGCUUGGCUUUAAUCCCAGUUCUCAUUGUAUGUGUAGCCCUGGAUAUGGAUGUCCCUUUACCUGGGUGGUUUUGACAAUUGGGGUGGGAUUCUGGCACACCUGUGCUCUUAUUUCCUUGGAGAAAAAGAUUAGAACAGUAGGUGUGAGAGGUAAAUUAAUAUAGCGCCUGGCUAUAGUUCCCUAACAGAAGAAGAACGGCUUGCAUCCAGGCCUUCUCCAUGGAAACAGCUUUUGUAAAUGAGAGAACGGUCUUUUACUUAAUUCCAAUUCAAAAUGAGUCUCUGACAUGCAGGAUGUCUCUGCAGGCUCUUAAUUCCCAAAUGGUUUUAUCUAUUCUGAACGCAUUUGUAAAAUGAUUUGACCUGCCUGUGCUUCACAGAAUAAGUUUGUGGAGGGCAUUUAAAAAAAAAAAAGAUAGAACUUUUAGAGUCUUCCUUCAGGUUCAUCUUGGAGAAUUAGCACCCUGAAUGUGCACAUCUUUGCUCCUAAUAUUUGCAAGGAUGAUUUGGUCUUGAGGAGUGUUGCCCAUUAGUCAGGGGGGGGGAAAA